UGCGUCGUUAGACAGCCACUCUACCUACCUACCUAAUACCUAUUUAGAUUAUAUUAGGUUGGGGUUACUGGCUGAUCGCCGAGUAGGAGUUAAUACUUGGACGCUGAAGGGGAUGCAAUUCUCGGUCCUAUUAGUAGAUGGGCGGAAUAGGACCACUGCCACGUCCACAAAAUACCAUUAAUUGUAAAUUUAUAAAACGCCAUCGCCAAGUCCCAAUUUAAGAUACAAACCUGUAAUGCGGCACAGCGAAUCGUAGUUAGGAGGAGCACCUAUAGUUGCAGAAUUUUUAAAAAGCGGGAGUGACCCGGUCUCCUGAUAGGUUAUAUAUCAACCAAAUUUUGUCAGGACAAAUCUUUUCGUCAAUGGGAACCACCCACUUUAAUUGAAAACCUAUAUCCCACCAACUACUUGACCAAUUUCCACCAAAUUGUGUGCAUAAUAUUAUUUUAACUUUCUAUGUUACGUUGUGAAAAUAGGCGAAAUUGGAACACUACCAUAUAACACAAUCCCCCCAAUCUACUUCCCAUAUAUUCAUAUAUGACAGCUUUAUAUUCAGUCAAAGAAAAAGGAGUUGGAAAAACGUGGUUGGCAACAAAUGGAAUAAAAGCCGAAUUACAAUCAUGGUUGCGAGAGGCCAUGGCCAAGAAAAAAAGCGUUGUAAGCGUUUGAGGAGUGUCCUCACAAUUGGAAGCGCAUGAAGAGCGUGUGUGAGCACAGUUGUCAGCAGCGUUCGAAGCAGCGUCGAAAGAGCUGGAGGUGCGUAUAUCACCACAAGUGUCCUCACAGUCGGAAUAUCAGGAAGCAACGUUGUGUCAGUACAAGGGUCUCGCUGUCGGAAGAGCACGAUAAAUUUAAGGUUAAAGUGGAUUAAUAUUCAGAAUCAACUAGACAGCGAAAUUCGUAGUUGCCAGAAUGUUCGAGUGGUGAAGUUUUGUUAACGAUCUACUAUAUAAGGGCUUCCGGAUUGUGCAGCAAACUCAGUUCUAGUUAGAGUGCUACCGCGUAAAAAGCAAAUGAAAUAUAAGUAAGAAGUACUGUAUCCGUAAGCUUGGGUAGUGAGUAAUAAAGCGUUAAGUUAUUAUUAUAUUAUAAGUUAAAAUUAAAAAUAAAGAUAAGUGUAUUUAUUAAAUUAGGAUUUUUAUAUAACAAUCCAGUGAUCGAAAUCAAGAUUGAAUUUCAAGGUAGACGAUUUAUUGAGAAAUCCGUUGCAAUAUAAUUAAUGCCCAAAAUGUGUGAAAUCGGUCUACGAACUUUCAUUGUAAUCCAUUCGGCUUCUUCGACGCAACAUUGUGAAAUUAUAAAAUAUUCGUUUACAUCCAACUUAGUCUUCCUUACUUGUUAUUUUUAUUUUUAAACCAUAGCAGAUGGUAAAUUUUUAUGACUCUCUGCUUGUAGGAUAGUUUCAGAGGUACAAUAUGGAUGGAAAAUUGUCAAACCAUUAAAGGCGAUAACACCUGAGGAAUGCGCCAUAUGGGAAGAUAAGAUUAUUAAAAUUCAUAUAACCCUAGUAUUUGCGUACGAAAGAAUGUGUAAAACAGCUCGCAAACCGCCACAUUUUUCAAAAAUAAUGUAUUACUCCAAGAGGAUUUUAGAGUUUAUUACCAAAAAUUGAAUACAAUUAAAUUUUUAAAUGAAAUUUUAGAAAUAUCAGAAAAUACGCUACCUUUUACAAAUACAUUUUUGCGUAGACCACAUUUCACCCUUUGGCUAUCGAAUUCGCAAAUAUUCGUAUUUUUGAUUAAAGUGAAGAUAACUUCGUUAAACGUACAAAGGAGCAAAACAGAAUAAAACUCCGUAUUAUAAAUAUUUUAUGUUUAUUCAAAUGUAUAUACAUUUGUAUUUAUAUUCACGCAUUACAUAAAUAAAUAACAUUUUGCCAGAACUUCUAAAAAUAAUUUAUUGAACCUACGAAGUUAGGAAACAUACAAUUUUUUCAUACUCGAGUAUUUCCGCUGUGGCAUAGCAGUUUCUUCUUCAUGACGUUAUUAUGAUGUGUACCUUUUUGCGCCUGCGCUGCAACCAAAUUAUAUAAAUAUAUAUGUAUGGUAUAUGUAUGCCAUGUGAGUCUGUCAAUGAAGCACAGUGACCACAUUGUGUCAUUGCAGUCCCUUUUGAACAGCUUUUCUCACCCACAGUCCAUCCAUGUGUUUAUGCGUGCCAAAAUGUCGCCGAAGACAUACGAGUACGCAAUGGCCUCAGGGGAACCAUUCGUUUACAGGCGGCAGCAUUAGUAAAUAUUUGCUCGGACAUUGCGGUCGCCCUGCUGCCCGUUUAAUUGAUUGGAAUUUCGGAAUAUUUUCACAUUUUUCUUGACAUUCAUGGAUCUUUGUCGGCGCCUAACGCUUUCUUAGUCUGAUACACUUAGACCCUGCGGUUUAACAAAGUGCAACAGAAUCGAGAUUUGAUUAGAAUACGAGAGCAUAUGAAUACCAGGAAGUAUGUAUGACAGGGGUCUGCUGGAAUGUUCAUGACUGUCGAAUAUAAUACGGAGAUCCAAGUAUGGCACAGUUACUGAAAAUAACGAAGAAGUCAUGUUUGAAGAUAUUUCGCAAAAUUACUCCCUUCAAACCGAUGUCUGCGAUAAAACUGGAAGAAGAAGACGAAAUAUACAAUGAUAAUCCCGACGUAACUUCGUACUAUAAAGAACCGUCGUUACGAAAAACGCAAUAUACGCAGGAAAACGAAACUAGUAAUCAAAAAUAUAAUUUCAAGGAAAAUAAUCCCGUCCAAGACUACGAAACAUCAUCGGCAUACGAGGCUGACAUAGAAAAUUUAAGUUUAACCGAUAUCGAGAAUAACACGAUGCUGCAAAGCCUGACGACACGCUUAACUCGAACCUCCGACGGCUAUGAAUUUCAACGAUUAGAGCAACCGCGCGGCGACACAGUCUCUGAUGAAAUAGUGUAUGAGCCCGAAAUCUCUACACACACCGAUGUCUUCGAAAAAGUGCGAUAUAAAAAGCACAUACGCUAUUUCCGUCGCACACCGUCCAAUUUAAGCUUAGACAACUUUGACGAUAACAACCACAAUGAGAGCACACAAAACGCUGCUUCGCUCGCUGAUCCACCAAAACGCACUCGCAAUACCGCUGAAGCAAAACGCAGCCACAACGGCGGCAGUAUGCGUCAACCACCAGCCGUCCAUUCUUUUCCACAAAAUAUACCCUCAUAUGUGCCUAUUAAUGUACUGAAUUUGGAAAUUAAGAAUCCUGGAAAAUUCGAAAGCGUGGUUAUAGCAGAGCAGCGUGACCGCUUCGAUAAAUUGAUGCCCGUUGUCAAAUGGGACAUCAAUGGCAAUUCGCUAGACGAUGAUUUUUACAUCGAUGGCAGUUGGAAUGACUUCACGGAUAUGAAUUGGAAUAAUUCAAGUGAAAAGCGUAUUUCCAAAUUUAAAUUAGAUAGCGAGUCGCAAAAGUCCAGCUUUCGCUCUAGUUCCACGACAUUGGAAACAUGGUUGGAUGAGGACUUGCUGGGCAGUUCCCUCAACGAGCGACGCCAAUUCGCUGGUGGUAAUCUAUGUCGGUCCCAGGUGUAAAGCAACGCUGCAUUGCAUAAACGUGAAGUUAUGAAUUCAAUGUAAUAUUACAAGCCUUUAAUAUUAUUCUAUUAGUUAACAUCGUUCAUCUACAAUCAAUGGAUAUACUCAUAUAGCUUAUAUUUACAUAAAUACAUAAAAACUUUGUACCUACAUACAUAUGUAUCUAAAAAUGAAAUUGUGUCUUAAAUUAAGCAAUAAUAUGUACUUAUUUAUGAAUAUUCAGUAUACAUAUGUACAUAUUUCAUCUCAGCGCUCCUCUAAUUUGUACUACUAAUAAAUGAUAUACCUAUACAUAUACAAUAUGUACAUAUACCUACGUUCAUACUCGUCUAUACAUAUAAUACCUAAAA